AUGACACUCACACAAACCCUCCUCCACCUCACCAACUUCCGCUCUCCCUUCCUGCGCACGCUGGUCCCUGCCGUCGGCGCAGCUUAUCUCCUGCAGGCCGCCGUCGCCAUCCCGAGUAUCGCGGCCCAGUCCGAACGCUUCUAUGAUUUGAGUGGCAGUUUGACCUAUUUGAGUGUGACGGCCCUGUCGCUUUAUUUGCCGACGUGGCCGAAACUCCUAGAAGCAUUUACCGGAACUGGAGGUGCCAAUGCGUUGAAUUGGAGACAAGUAGUUUUGAGUGCGGCGGUGGGGAUUUGGGCUACGAGACUUGGUAGUUAUCUCUUUAAGAGAAUAAUGGAGGACGGUCAUGAUUCUCGAUGUGAUCGACGAAAUCAAAAAUCCCCUAAUAAAUUCUUUGGCGCCUUCUUCGCCCAAGCAACCUGGGUAUCCCUUUGCUGUCUCCCCGUCCUCGCCCUCAACUCUCUCCCACACCCUCUUCUCUCCACCCUCCCCACCCUCAUGCUAACCGAUAUUAUCGGACUUCUCCUCUUCGCCGGCGGUCUCUCCUUUGAAAUCGUCGCCGAUCGCCAAAAAUCCGCCUGGGUCGCCGCGAAGAAGAGAAAAGAGCAUGAUGAGGAUUUCCUAACCAGUGGUCUGUGGAGUAAAAGUAGACAUCCAAAUUAUUUCGGAGAAGCCACGUUGUGGACUGGAAUUGCGGUUUUGAGUGCGGGUGUGCUUACCGGGAGAGUUAGUGGGGUACCGUUGAGUGAGGGGAAGUAUGAUAAGAAAUACGGUCAUCGAAAAGAUUACAAGGAGUGGAAGGAGAAUACUCCGAAGUUUAUUCCGAAGUUUUAG